AUGGCGCCCCGACCAGUUCGUUUCACUCGUCCAAUCUCUGCGACAUGUAAGCGCUCCUGCAUCGCAUGGUUCGCCGCCCGUCCGACGCGUGAUCGCGCCUAUUCGAAUUCGACUGCAUCCCAGAGUUGGAGCAAUCCUCCCUCGUGGACCAAUGUCGCAGAAGAUGAAAUCGCAAAGCUGGCGGCCAUUCGUCGCCGGCCAUUGACUCUUGGGGAUCUCCUCAAGCACGGCCGGCCGCCGUUAUCCAAGGAUGCUCUCCUCGACUCUGCCAACUUCACGCUGUCCCUCCUGCCAGCCCGACUGGCGUACCGGAUCCAAUGUCUCCGAAACCUGCCCUUCAUCGUAGUCUCCAACCCGCACGUGUCCCGUAUCUACAACAAUUACCUGCACUCGCUCUCCACACUGCUCCCAUACCAGCAGAGGCGAAUCACUACCUUGGAGGAGGAGAAACAAUUUGCAGAGGUCCUGGCGGACUUGGUCCAAACCCACACAAACACCAUCCCUGUCCUGGCGCGGGGCUUUCUGGAGUGCAGAAAGUAUAUCAGUCCGGCUGAGGUGACCAGGUUCCUGGACUCACACCUACGUGCCCGGAUCGGGACUCGAUUGAUCGCGGAGCAACAUCUGGCGCUGCACUUUGCCUCCCAGCCCAUCAGUGAUGAGGAUCCCAACCCCUCGCCAGACCAGCGAGAAGCCGUGCCACCCAAUUAUAUCGGCGUGAUUGACACGGCGCUGUGCCCUGCUCGCAUCAUCCGGUCAUGCGAACAUUUCGUGGGCGAGAUCUGUGAGCUGAAAUACGGCGUUCGUCCUCGGCUGGUCAUUGGCGGGGAGCCCGAUGCCUCGUUUGCCUACGUCCCCGUGCACGUGGAAUACAUCAUCACAGAGCUUUUGAAGAACGCAUUCCGGGCUGUGGUUGAGUCCGGAAACGAGCGUGAGCCAAUCGAGGUGACCAUCGCGGCAGCACCAGAUGUGCCUGGGAAUCAUGUACAGGAAGUUUCAGAUCGGCCCGCCGAUGCCAAGUCCCCGAAAGGCACUGAGGAUAACAACAAUGGAGAGGUACCAGUGGCGAACGAAAAUAUUCGACUAACGAGCUCCUCGUCGCAGAGCAUCACGAUCCGGAUUCGUGACCGAGGCGGCGGCAUUCCACCUGAUGUAUUACCACAUAUCUGGUCGUACAGCUUCACUACUUAUUCCGAAAAUGACCUUCCCGGGGGUGAUAACGGCAACAUCGAUGCGCUCAACACUAUAUCUGGCAGUGGUGGGAACUCGAGCACGAUUGCAGGACUGGGCUAUGGCCUGCCGCUAAGCAGAGCGUACGCGGAGUAUUUCGGCGGCAGUAUCGCCGUGCAGAGUCUCUGGGGAUGGGGGACGGAUGUCUACCUCACCUUGCAGGGCGUAGGGAAGAUUGAUGAAUAA